CUCUGCAAGUACCUGAAAGGAGGGUGUAGUGAGGUGGGGGUUGGUCUCUUCUUUGAAGUUACUAGAGAUAGAACAAGAGGAAACAGCUUCAAGCUGCAUCAGGGGAGGUUUAGAUUGGAUAUUAGGAAAAAUUUCUUUAACGAAAGAGUGGUCAGGCACUGGAACAGGCUGCCCAGAGUGGUGGUAGAGUCGCCAUCCCUGGAAGUAUUUAAAAGAUGUGUAGAUGCAGGGCUCCAGGGCAUGGUUUAGGAGGCCAUGGGGGUGUUGGGUUGACAGUUGGCCUUGAUGAUCCUAGAGGUCUUUUCCAACCUUAAUGAUUCUAUGAUUCCUGAUUCCUUCUGAUUCUGACAUGGAGGAGCCUCACAGUUGUGCUCUAUUCCCCCUACCUACUCAAAGCCUGGCAGAAGGUACAGGAAUAGAUGAUGUGUAGCCUCCCAUAAACUGGGUGACAUUGCUACUCCAAAUAGUUCACAACUAAAACUAAUCACUCUUCAGAAGAGAUUGCUAUAAGCUUGUGACUAAUGUACGUUCCACUAUUUAGCCAUUAAUUAUCUUUAAAGAAGGAUUUGUUAGGCAUUGUUAUGACUCUAAUGGAGCUCAACCCACUUUUUAAUUGGUGGAAAAUUAGCCAUCAAGGAACAGGGAACAUUUGAUUUUCCAAUUAAAUCCUUCUGCAGUUUGGAACAUGUUUUUGUUGUAGAGAGAUGUGCCUAGCUGUCUGAAUAUUGCUUGGGCAACAGGCAGAAAGAUCUAUUCUUGAGCUUGUCACACUAGCACUUAUCUGUUUUCCUCCAUACAAAUUGACUCUGAAUAGGUUUAUUUUGUCCCUGUAUCAAUAAUCAAUAGCAAGAUAAAACGAUGAGGAAGAAAGACAACAGACCAAGCUGAAGGAUACUACAAAAAGCUGAAUUGAAAAAUGGGGGCCAUAUUCUAACAAGUAAGCAAAGACAGACUGACCUUACAAUUUAAUGUGGAAACUACAUGAUAGGAGCAAGAAAGAGUUGCCAAUGAUGAAGAUCAAGAGGGAGACAUGGGAGAGUCCUUGUGAUCAGCCGUUGCUCACUUGAGCUCCUUGCUACAGCUUUUCAAUGAAGUCGUCUUGCAAAGUACAGCAUGUGUGCUGAAGAUGUCAGAUCAUAUCUGCUCACAGGCCACACUCCUCGCAUAUGAUUUCCCUUCUCAUGCUUUCACAAUGUGGCAGUGACAUGAAAAACAGGAGAGAAGAACAGAUACUAUUUCUCUAACGAGAACAUGGGGGACAUGACACCAGUGGAGGAGACUGAGUUCAGUGCUGCUUUCGGCCAGUUGUUUGACUCCAGCAUGAGGAACGAAGAAAGAAGACUGAGGACUUUUUGGCAAUGGCCAGACACCUCUCCUGUGUCUGCCCAAGAUUUGGUCAAGGCUGGUUUUUUCUUUGUGGGUCCAAGCGAUGAAGUACAGUGUUUCUGCUGUGGUGGUGUCCUGAAGGACUGGGAACCGGGUGAUAGCCCACUAGCAGAGCACCAGAAGUUCUUCCCUUCCUGUGGAUUCAUUUGUGGUGAGGAUGUUGGGAACGAAGAGAUGCCUCCUCUUCAGGAAACAUUUGACGAUGUGGAUGGGCAGUUCCUCAGUCUUGUGCAGGGAAUAGACACUGAGGAGGCAGCCCCGCCCAGUGAACCAGUAUACCCAGACAUGGUAACAGAGGAGAUGAGACUGUCUACGUUUCAGACCUGGCCACAGCAUACUGACAUGCGUCCUCUGCAACUGGCUAGAGCAGGAUUCUUUUACACAGGACGAGAUGAUAUAGUGAGGUGUUUUUACUGUGAUGGAGGUAUGAGGAACUGGUCAUUUGGAGAUGAUCCUUGGAGGGAGCAUGCCAGAUGGUAUCCGGGGUGUGAAUUUCUGUUGCAGUCAAGGGGGAGAGAAUUUGUUAGCAGUGUUCAGGAUUCCUUUUCUAGCACCCUGGUAUCUCCAACAGAUUCCUGGGAUCAGAUCGAAACAGAUUCCCAGGAUCAGAUCGAACCAGAUUCCCCUUUUUCCCCAGAUGCUGCUCAGGGAGAAACUGAAACAUCAAGUUCAAGAGAAGAAAUGCAAUCUGUGCAACAAAAGGAAUCAGAUGGGUCUCAGAUGAAUGCAGAAGAACAGCUCCGACGCCUGCAAGAGGAAAAGAUGUGCAAAGUGUGCAUGGACAGAGAUGUAUCUGUUGUGUUUGUUCCUUGUGGUCACCUGGUAGCUUGCAGACAAUGUGCCCGCAACUUGAGAUUGUGUCCUAUCUGCAGAGCAGUCAUCCGGGGAAGUGUGAGGACUUUCAUGUCCUGA